CUUAAAGACAGAGAGUCAGAGUCAGAGUUAGACAGUACUGCACUGGAACAGUGUACUGUCUCUGGAGAUUUUACAUCUGGACUUACAUCUAAAGGAGAAAUGACUCUUCCGCCUACAAGCAUCCCCACUAACUUCAGUGAGGCUAUAUUUGGAGCCCAAAACAACACAACAAUAACUAAUUGUUCUCCAGGACAAGAACCAGGAUGGAUCGCCACUGUCGUGCCGGUUUAUAUCCUGGUCAUCUCUGUGCUGGGGAUUGUGUUUAAUGUGUUUGUUAUGCUGGUUUUCUGCCUCCAUAAGAAGCCCUGCACCAAGGCUGAGAUCUACUUGAGCAACCUGGCUGCUACUGACCUUAUGCUCAUGACUUGUUUGCCCUUCUGGGCUGUCAACGUAUCCAGGAACUAUAGAUGGACUUUUGGUCUGUUCAUGUGCAAAUUCGUCAACACGGGCAUUCAUAUGAAUGUCUAUUGUAGCAUCUACUUCCUCGUUCUGAUUAGCAUAGAUCGCUAUUUGGCACUGGUGCAUACAAUGUCCCUUAACAGAAUGCGUAGCCGAAAAUGUGCUAAACUGGGCUGUCUGCUGGUGUGGGGUUUGGGCUUACUCCUGAGUGCCCCCACAAUACACUACAGGGUACUAAAAUAUGAGAAUGAAUGUACUUCAUGCAUUCUUAAAUAUGAAAGUGAACAUACACAGUUAGUGUUUGAGGCACUGCUGAUUACAUUCAGCUUUAUCAUACCUAUUUCUAUUAUUUCCUACUGCACUGUCAGGAUUAUUAACUCUUUGAGAAAUCGGUUUCUGGAGCAGUCAAACAGCCAGACAACAGACCACAAGGCCACCAAUCUGAUGUUGGCAGUCCUUCUGGCUUUUCUGAUCUGCUGGUUGCCAUUCCACCUGCUUAGGAUGGCAGGAAUGCUCUGGAGAGCUGGGAUCCUGUCAUUGAACAUCCAAAGCUUUAGCAUCUGCUCCCACAUUUUCAUGUACUUAGCCUUCUUCAACAGUGUUCUCAACCCCAUCCUCUACGUCAUUGUAGGAAAGAACUUCCAGAAGAAAGUUAAGGAACUCUUCAAGCAGCAAAGACGUAAAAUGACUUUAAACAUGACCUCCGUACGCUCAAGCCUGAUGAGAAGCACAAAAAUGAACGGCCGAUUGCCCAGAUCAGAUCUUCAGCAUGACUGUAGCUAGUGACAGUGGCUAAUGAUACAACGGCUAUAGCACUGGUAUGGACAUAUUUAGAUGGCAAAUGGAUUUGACAUCUUGUUGACAUUCUCUGCUCAUAUAUUCAGAUAUGAGGCUCAAAUUACUGCAUCUGGCCUCUCUUACCUCUAUUUGACACAAUAAUAACACUGCUACAUAAUUUAAAAGCACUAACAGCUUGUGUAUUAUCCUGCUGAACUAAUGACACAAUUAAGGAAGUAAUGUACAAGAAGAGAUGGAAAUGUGUGAUGACAGGAAAGUGUUUCUGUGUAACUGCAAAUAUUUACUAAGAUGUUCGUGCUUUGUGUGCAUGUCUAUGGUGUCUGGUUUGAUGUGUGUUUUCAUAUGGUGUUACUCUGACCGUCUUGUUAUAUCUUGAUGCUAAACAAAUACAAACCAACAAUUUACACUCCUACAUUUGCAGGCUUGUAUAACUAGCUUUUCCUGCUCUCAAGCUGCUUGUGGUCUGUCACAGCUAUGUCCACAUUCAGGCAGGCUAAAAAUGCAGGCAAAUUAUUAGCUACUAUGUAUCUGUGGGUGUAUGUGGGAUCUGGUGGGGGGUUCUGUUUCAUUGUCUUGAAGUUUUUGGUUGUUGUUUUUUUGUUCUUUUUUUCAUACAUUGACAUGUUUAUGCUCAUAUUUGUACAUUUUGGAUUAUAAUGUACAGCACACUGCGUUGAUGUAAUGACAUAUGCUCUAUAAAUAGAAUUGCCAUCACCAUCCUGUUGACAUGUUGUACCACAUAGGGAGCAACUUUAUAGGAUAUGAGACUCAAAGUCCCGGAUGUGCCAUUCAAUUACUUAGGACCUAACUGUUUAAUCAGUUCAUCAGAAAUGCUUUCAGACUUAACACAAUAAUUACACUGCUACAUAUUUAGACAGCACUAUGAGAUUGUGUUUUAUGAACACAAACUAAGAUGAUGGAAGUUCAAGAGAUGGAAACAGACGUAAAAGUCUAGUGUAGAAUUUUGUGGCAGUGAGCUUUUACUGAUUUUUUUUCAUCUAAAUAUCUCUUCCAAGCGUGUAGGAGAAACUACUAUGGUGAAAUCUAGAGUCUAUGUAAGAGGACCUGCUCUCUGUAGAUAAAGGGCUUGGUGAUUAUACACACUGAAAACAUACAAAUUAAUAUAUAUUGAAUUUCUACCAAUGUAUCUUCCUAAAUAUUAUACAGUAUAUCUUUCAGUAUGACACUUUCAUGGUAAUAUGUUCAUGCUCGUCUGUGUGCCUGUGACUAUGUGUCUGAUGCUAAACAAAUGUCAGCCUAUCUAUUAAGUUACUAUCACACUGCAUAUUUGCAUGCCUGUAGAUUUUAUUGCUUUCCCACUAUAUUUAUGAUUCAAAGUCACACUAGACUGAAGAAUAGUGACUUACACAGUCAUGCCGGUGUCUCUUUACAGUGUGAACAUGUCACUGUUGCUGAGACAACCUCUGCAUAUCAACUGUGAAACUUUAAUGGAGUGGCAUAAAUGGAAAAGUCUUUUUCUGACCUACAAAUAAACGUACAGCUGUGUGACUUCA